GCUACUGCUGCUCAGUUGUGGCAACUUGGUUUCUCACUGACUGAAGGUGACAAUGCCCAAAAUAGGUUGGCAACUUGACUUGGGCUUAAAGCUGCAUCUGUGAUAUAACAGCUGAGGCUGCAGCCAAGUCACACACAGAGCAGGGAGCAGUUCUCGCACUCAGUGAAAGUACAAUUGUGUAGAUAGAUCAUGGCCAAUCAGUUGUGCUCCUUCCUGUGCAGCCAAAUACAAGUGUCCGUGUAACCUCUGGGCUUUGCCUCCCACUGCUCAUCCCUGACUCCCAGCACCUGACUCCCAGCACCCAGCACAGCUCAGUCAUCUCCAAGACAGCAGCUGCAAGACCCGCCCCUUCCCCCCAUCAUCAUUAGCAAAUAUUACCCUAAACACUUGCUCUUUACCUCCCUUCUCCCUCCAGGCAUUGGAGAGGGCGGCUGUCAAUCAGGCGGCACCCCGGCGCGGCUCAGCAGCAGAGCGAGAGCGACGAGCAGACAAGCCGAGGGGAGAGAUGGAGGAGGAGAUGCAGCCGGCAGAGGAGGGGCCCUGCCUCCCAAAAAUCUACAAGCAGAGGAGCCCCUAUAGCGUCCUCAAAACCUUCCCCAACAAGAAGUCUCUGAGCAGAAGGUACGACCGACCCACCAUGGUGGAGAUCCCACAUCUGGGGGCGCCGCAGCAGCAACGCGCACACUUCCAGCAGCAGCAGCAGCAGCAUCCGACCUCCAUCAGCAACAGCGAGCAACAGCCGCAUCACUACCAGCAGCAGGCGCACAGCUCCUAUCAGAACGGGCCCAGCAGGGCAGCCACGUCCACCACCUCCCAGUGCCAACAGAGAGCCGGGGGGGUCGCCGGGCAUCUGGGCUCCUCCAACAGGUUCUGCCAACAGCCGACCCCCGGCCACAGCAACCCAGAACUCAGUGCAGAAAGCCGAAUGAUACUGGACGCAUUUGCCCAGCAAUGUAGCCGAGUUCUAAACCUCCUCAAUUGUGGAGGAAAACUUCUGGACUCCAAACCUCCGCCGUCAUUGCUGUCUUGUAUAAAACAGGAGAAUAACAGUUACAAUGACAGGCCGGAUCAAUGUCAGUUAAGCAAAGCGUUCCAUUGCCAACCAUCAGACAAACCAGAUGUAGAAAUGCAGUACGUUAAGAAAAAACAACAGACUUCAGCUUUCUUGCGCGUCUUCACGGAUUCACUUCAGAAUUACCUUCUAGCCGGUAACUUCCCUGCUCGGAAUACCUCUUUCACUAAUGACUAUGGACAUUUAACUGAUAUGGACACAAUCUCAUCCUCUCCAGUACAUACAAUGGGUGGAUGGACAUCCCCGGCAACCUCUGAAUCACAUGGUCAUCCGUCUUCUUCCACGCUUCCAGAAGAGGAAGAUGAUGAUGAUGAAGAAGGUUACUGCCCUAGGUGCCAGGAGCUGGAGCAGGAGGUGAUCUCCCUGCAACAAGAAAACGAGGAACUUAGAAGGAAGUUAGAAAGUAUACCAGUGCCCUGCCAGACGGUGUUAGAUUAUUUGAAGACGGUACUUCAACAUCAUAAUCAGCUUCUCAUACCACAGCCGGUUGACCAGCCAACAGAGGGCAGUAAACAGCUGCUGAACAACUACCCCGUCUACAUCUCUAGCAAACAGUGGGACGAGGCAGUCAACUCUUCGAAGAAAGACGGGCGCCGGCUUCUUCGAUACCUCAUUAGAUUUGUUUUCACAACAGAUGAGCUUAAAUACUCCUGUGGCCUUGGGAAAAGGAAAAGGUCAGUGCAGUCAGGAGACACUGGUCCUGAAAGACGUCCCCUGGAUCCUGUUAAAGUUACAUGUCUCAGAGAGUUCAUUAGGAUGCACUGCAUAUCAAACCCAGACUGGUGGAUGCCUUCAGAAGAGCAGAUAAACAAAGUGUUCAGCGAUGCUGUAGGACAUGCGCGCCAGGGUCGUGCCGUGGGCACUUUCUUCCACCACAAUGGAAAUUCAUAUUACGAUGCCAUUGACCCGCAGGUGUGCCAGGAGGAGGUUUUCAACCGAAGUUUUCAUGACGGAUCUGGAGAUUGACGUCAGAAGAAAGCAAAAGCACUGUGAUGUUUGAACGAGAUAAAAACAUGUUAGCCACAACAAAAAAUGGAAUCAAUUAGUGUAAUAGUACAGUCAGUGUGUCUUUAAUGUUCUGUCGCAGCAGCGGGUGCCUGGGACGCAGUGCCGGGAGAAGGCCCCGUUGCAGCAGUGAAGCUUCUGAAAGAACCCAGAGUAUACUUGGAGCCAGAUGUUAUUGUCCGUGUGUCACCUCAGUACAGCUUCAGGGACUCGGGCUCUGUUCCGUGACUGUUCCGUUCGAACUACUGAAUAAUAACGCAGGCGUUCAGGCCCUGAAUCAAGCUAAAGAGAAAUGUGUUGGUCUGUUCCGUAGAACUUAGCUUUAAUAGAAUUUGCAUUGUACAUUAUACUAUUUAGUUAACUUAUGCAAAACCUGAACUUGUUAUAUAUCCCGUGUUCAUAUAAACUGUCACCACUAGCCACAUACUGAGUACAACUUGCCUGGCUGCGUGUGCAUUUAUUUCCAUCCACAUGUGCUCCAUUUUUAAUACAAAUCAUGGGGAUGGGAAGUCACCACUCCAGUCAUGUGAUUGCAGUCGAGCCAACUAAACUAAACUGCUAAAAAUAGCAUCACCAACUCAUUCUCAACUGCAAAAUGGCAACCAGACAAUAAAUACCAGAAAGUUUCAUUUCUUUUUUUAGAAUGCCCCAUUUCCUACCAUUUUUUUUUAAGGUCACAAACAGCCAAUUCUACUUUUUCAAUAUGAAUAUAUGAAAAUGUCUGGUCAUGCAGUUUUUCAGGUACGCCUGUGUAUAUAAAGUAUCAGACCUGAGAUUACUUCCGGUUCAGUAUCAGGGGCUUUUCCCCUGUUUGGAUGCCAAUGGGUGGGCAAUUUGAUUUACAUUUUAGAGUUAUCUUGUAGGUCAUUCACCAAAAACUUGGGGCCUGCAAAAAUCCUCACAAGAGGUUACAAAUAAAAA